AUGAAUUUUAUUAUUCUGAUUGUAAAUUUAAUUAUCUUGUAUAUUACUGUAGUAAAUGCAGGACCAAGUAAAAUUGAAGGAGGAGCAUUGUGUAGGAUUCAAGACAAACCAUCUGUUGUAUCAAUUCAACGUAAUUCUUAUCACAUAUGUGGUGGUGCAAUCUUGAGUGAAAAACUCGUCAUCACAAGUGCCAGCUGUUUGAUGCUGGAUAAUUUAGUUAUAUUUGGUAAUCUUGAAGUUUUUUCUGGUACUGCUGAUUUAUUAGAACAAGGUUCCAGUCAAGUAAACAGAGUACAACUUGUCAUUUUACAUCCACAAUAUGACCCCAAAAAUUUUUGGAUAAAUGACAUUGCCAUACUGAGGUUGUCUAAACCAAUGUUAUUGAAUUGGAACCGUAGAGAAGUAUGGCUAUCUUCAAGAAAUAAAAAUGUUAGACGUCCAAUAAUAAUUAGUGGGUGGGGAGGAAGUCUAGAAACAUCAUAUGAACCUUCACGAUAUCUUAAACAAAUUGAAGUUCAUGAAUUAUCAAGCCAAUCAUGUCUGGCACUCUAUGGAAAAUAUGGUGGUGUUCAUGAAAAUCAACGUUGUGCAACAUCAAUGGAUCCAAUUGAGGAUCAUAUUACCAAGGGAGAUGGUGGCAGUUCAUUGAUAAGACAUAGAGUUAUUGUUGGAAUUGUCUCAUUGAAGUCUUAUAAACUUGAUGAGCCAAUGAUCUUCACAGUAGUGAAUCCUUACAUUGAAUGGAUUCGCGAAAUAAUGACAAUAGAUUGA